GCGAGGCCCGGGAUUAUCGGCUCCCCCGCCCCCUUUACCCCACCCCAGCUCUUUUAUUUUAUGUUUGUGUGUUUCUCCCCCUGCGGCGGCGGACAGCGAAGGGGAAGAGUUGCGUCCCUAACACGCCAUGUCGGAGCCCAUAACGCUCAACGUCGGUGGGAAGCUGUACACCACUUCGCUGUCAACCUUGACCAGUUUUCCCGACUCCAUGCUGGGCGCCAUGUUCAGCGGCAAAAUGCCGACCAAGAGAGACAGCCACGGAAACUGCUUCAUCGACCGAGACGGGAAGGUUUUCCGCUACAUCCUCAACUUCCUGAGGACCUCUCACCUGGACCUUCCUGAGGACUUCCAAGAAAUGGGCCUCCUUCGGCGGGAAGCCGAUUUUUACCAGGUCCAGCCACUGAUCGAGGCCUUGCAGGAGAAAGAGGUGGAGCUCUCAAAAGCGGAGAAAAACGCUAUGCUCAACAUCACCUUGGAUCAGAGGACUCAGACGGUUCACUUCACGGUCCGGGAAGCCCCCCAGAUCUACAGCCUGUCCUCGUCCAACAUGGAAGUGUUCAACGCCCACAUCUUCAGCACGUCCAGCUUGUUCUUGAAGCUCCUGGGUUCCAAACUGUACUACUGUUUCAACGGCAACCUGUCGUCUAUAUCUAGCUACUUGCAGGAUCCUUACCACGUGACCUUGGACUGGGUUGCGAGUGUGGAAGGCCUGCCAGAGGAGGAGUACACCAGGCAGAACUUAAGGAGGCUGUGGGUCCUGCCGGUGAAGAAGCAAAUCAACACUUUCCAAGUGUUUGUGGAGGAGGUCCUGAAAAUCGCCAUGAGCGACGGGUUUUGCGUCGACUCCUCUCACCCGCACACCUCGGAUUUCAUGAAUAACAAGAUCAUCCGACUCAUUCGGUACAAGUAGACCUCAUAUUCCUGGCCCCUUGUCCUUUCAUGACCGUAGUGACGUGUCGCGAUCGUACCUCGACACAGGUUGUGUGUUUGCACUUCACAAAAUGCCGUGCUAAUCUGAAUGACCAAUUGCUAAUGGGACUAACAUGGGCUGAAACUCUUGAACGUGGAGGUGCAAUAAAUCUAUAUGUGUAGGCCACGCAAGAGGCAGGGAACCCAGAUCUUGCCUGUUAUGUUUCAUGGAGAUCUUUGGUUCUGCUUGUGCUGCUUACCAUUCCUCCUAGGAUCGCUCUGGGAAAGCCCCUUGUGUGUUAUUUCACUGCCAUGUUGGCACCGGCUAUGACAUCAGCAUUUAUAAGCUGGGACGGGGGAUUAUGUCCUGUAUUCCUUCAUCUCCUUUUGCGGGGUUGAAGCCACUGUGCCUGACUGACAAGAGAUCGGAGCUACCACAGUUGAGGGAAGGUGGUGAUGGCGAAGCAUCCAUCUGCUUGUAAAAUAAUAAAUGUGCCUACCUCUGCUGUGGAAAACUCAGCAUUUCCAAUGGUUUACAUAAAGGUUCCGCUAAUCAUGUGACUUAUUUUGACCUGUCUGCUUUGAUUUUCUCAGCAGACAAGGAAGCUGUCUGUGGUGCAGUCGACCAGAAAAGAUCGGUUGGGAAUCUCGAAUCAUCGGGGAUCUAGGGGUCGCAUAGCAGUUUAUGGGUCAGGAAUAGAAGAGAUUCUGGAAAUCAGCCGGUCAUGACAGCCGCUAGGGCGGAUUCCCUUCUGUCUUGCAUCGUGUAGUCCCUGGUGCACGGAUGGGAAAUCGCUUGAGUUCUGCAGGGCGGCAGUUUUGACCCAAUUCAAGUAGAGCAGCCAUUCUCAACCAGGGUUCCGUGGUACCCUGGGGUGCCGUGAGCAUGUCCCAGGGGUACCGCGGCAACACUACCGCCCCGCCCCCU